AGUUGAAUGAUGCUAUAAGCCUACAGAUCUAUUCUUCAGUUAUUCUUUAGUGACUCUGACUUUGCUCUUAGGAAUUAUUUAUUUAGAAAAUAUCAAAUUGAAUUGUUUUUAAUAUGGCUAUAAAAUUGUCAUUUCUGUAAUACUAAAAUCCUGGUGUGGAAAAGAGUACCAGAAUUAAGAAUUAAAUUUCCACUUUCUUGAUUUGGGUUUUCCACGUUGGACAAGUGCGGCGCGGCGGGCGGCGCGCGCCCCUUCCCGCACUCGCUCGGCCCCGGCCCCGGCUCCGGCCCCUGCGCCGGUGUGCGCGCCCGCACGCCCGCCUGCGCCCACCCCGCGCCUGAGGCCGCCGAGCGCCGGUCCGGCCCGCCAGGCGCCGGUCCCCGGGCCCAGGCAGCGCGGCUCGCAGAUGUAGCGGCGCGGGGCCGGCUGGAGGCGGGGCGCCGGCAGGCGGGAGCCUUGCAUUUUGCAGCGCUGGGCUCCGAGGGGGCGGGGGCCGGAGGAAGCGGAAAGCCGCGCGGAGUCGCCGGGGACCUCGGUGAACCAUGUUGAGCCCUGCCAACGGGGAGCAGAUCCACCUGGUGAACUAUGUGGAGGACUACCUGGACUCCAUGGAGUCUCUGCCUUUGGAUCUGCAGAGAAACGUCUCUCUGAUGCGGGAGAUCGACGCGAAAUACCAAGAAAUCCUGCAGGAGCUGGAUGAGUAUUGCGAGAAGUUCAAGCGGGAGACGGACGGCGCCCAGAGGAGAAGGGUGCUGCCCUGCAUUUAGAGGGCGCUGAUUCGGAGCCAGGAGCUGGGCGACGAGAAGAUCCAGAUCGUGAGUCAGAUGGUGGAGCUGGUGGAGAACCGGGCCAGGCAGGUGGACAGUCACGUGGAACUCUUUGAGGCACAUCAAGAGGUCAGUGACACCACUGGCCACAGCAAAGCUGGCCAGGAUAAGUCAAAAACUGAGACAGUCGCGCAGGCAGAAAAGCCUAACAGCAAGCGGUCCCGGCGACAGCGCAACAACGAGAAUCGGGAAAACGCAGCUAAUAAUCACGACCAUGAUGACAUCACCUCCGGAACGCCUAAGGAGAAGAAGGGGAAGGCCUCCGAGAAGAAGAAACGCUCCAAGGCCAAAGCCAAGAGGGAGGCAUCCCCUGCGGACCUUCCCAUUGACCCGAACGAGCCCACGUACUGUCUGUGCAAUCAGGUCUCCUAUGGAGAGGUGCUCGGCUGUGACAAUGACGAGUGCCCCAUCGAGUGGUUCCACUUCUCCUGCGUGGGGCUGAACCAUAAACCCAAGGGCAAGUGGUACUGCCCCAAACGUCGAGGGGAGAACGAGAAGACCAUGGACAAGGCCCUGGAGAAGUCCAAAAAGGAGCGGGCCUACAACAGGUAGUGGCGGGCCUGGCUGGCCCGAGGCGAGCAGGACGAGCCGUGUAUUUAUUGCAUCGCCACCUGGACGGGCGCGGGGACUGCACGUGUAGCCUUCUAAAGACUGUUGGAAGAGGAGCUCUUCCUCUCGUAGGGACGACCGGGGUUCUCUUUGCUUUUCCCUUGGUGCACAUGCGUAACGAGAGAGUGGUCUGUGGAUAAGCAUUUUAGAAACUGCAAAUAUAGGUUGGAAUUAAAAAUAAAUAAAUAAAUAAAUAAAUUUCCACUUUCUUUAUUAUGCCUUAAAAUGGAGUGAGUUGUUCAAAGAACUUUUUUGGGUCUUCUGUUCCAUAACGGUAUAAUCUACCACUUUUGUUAUUAAUACAAGAACAGAUUUUUCAGAGUUUUUUCUUUGUCUUUUAUUGUUAAAAUUUUUUUUAAUUGAGGUAUGAUUGACGUAACAUUACAUUGGUCGCAGGUGUACAAUGUCAUGAUUUGAUGUUUGUAUAUGUUGCAGAGUGAUCACCACAAUAAGUCCACUUGACAUCCACCACCUCACAUAGUUACAACACUUUUUUUCUUGUGGUGAGAAUUUUGAAGAGCCACUCUUCUAGCUACCUUUAAAUAUGCAAUACAGUAUUAUUAACGUACAUAGUCACCAUGCUGUGAAAGUCCCAUCCCCAUGACUUACUCAUUUUAUAACUGGAAGUUUGUACCUUUUAACCUCCCUCACCCAUUUGGCUCACUCAUCCCCCGCCUCAGGCAGCCACCAGUCUGUUCUCUAUCUGUGAGCUUGACAUUUUUUUGUUUGUUUUUUAAGGUCCCAUAUAUGUGAGAUGAUAUGGUAUUUAUCUUUUUCUGUCUGGCUUAUUUCACUUAGCAUAGUGCCCUAAAGGUCCAUCCAUGAUGUUGCAAACAGCAAGAUUUCAUUCUUUUUUAUGACUGAAUAAUCAACAACAGAUUUUUUAUUGGUUCUUUAAUAGAUGCCAGCUUCUGAGAUCAGCUUUUAGGUGAAAUUAUUGUUAAUCUUUUUAUGUGUGAUUUUAUGAGUCAGAGUUCAGAAGACCAUUUGGAUUUGCUAUUGUAGGCAGAUGUUGAAAAUUCAGUUUUUUAAUAGAAUCUUGUACUGUUUUGUAGCUCUUACUUUUUGGAUUUGAUUCUCAAAAAGAAAUCUUAACCUGUAAAAUGUUUCUUACUUCCUUUUCUUACCAGGAAGAGAUAUUAGGAAUCAUCUAGGAAACAAAUGUAGCAGUUUUAUGCAAUUUAAGCAAUAAAAAUGAGUUUCAAAAUCCUCCUUUACUACCAGUAAAGCUUGAAUUUUGUACUUAAAUAUAAUAUUUUCCCCCUUCCCCUU